GCAGUGCGGGAGCGCUACACGUGGGUAUAGCUGGCGGUACGGUGGGAGAGAGGCGCCUUAGGCUAUAGUGGGACUGCUGCGCCGAGCCCGGGAAGUGGGAGGUUUUCUCUUGGAAUCGAAGCCUUGCUCUUGUGUAGGUCACCAUGGUAUUCUUUACUUGCAAUGCCUGUGGGGAAUCUUUAAAGAAAGGACAAGUUGAAAAACACAGAGGAAAGUGUCGAAAUUGUGGCUGUCUCUCUUGUAUAGACUGUGGAAAAGAUUUCUGGGGAGAUGACUACCAAAACCACCUAAAAUGUAUCAGUGAAGACCAAAAAUAUGGAGGCAAAGCUUUUGAAGCAAAGGCAAACAAAGGGGAUGUGAAACAACAACAGUGGCUAGAGAGAAUACAGGAAAUUAUGAAGAAACCAAACAUCAGCCCAAACAUUCGAAACAUUUUAAACCAAAUGAGUUCAUAUGAAAACAUUCCAAGAAAAAAAGCUAAAUUCCAGAACUGGAUGAAGAACAGCUUGAAAAUUUAUAACCAGACACUGCAUGACCAGGUGUGGGAGAUUUUUGCUGAGGCUACGCGUUCUGCACCAGUUAAUAAUCAGGAGAAACACCAGAAGUCUGAAAAUUCUGUAGCUGAAGACAAAUCUGAACAAACUCCAGAAGCAGUGGAGGAGCAUGGGAAAAAGAAAAGCAAAAGAGAACUCAAAGAAGAGAGAAAGAAGAAGAACAAGAAAGAAAAAAAGGACCUUGUAGAUGAGCAGGUGGAAACUGUAGGGAAGAAAAAAACCAAGAAACGUAAAAUGGAGGAGGAUGAGAUGCUGGCUGAGACUGCGGUGUCAGUGGAAAGGAAGAAGAAAAAGAAGAAACAUCAUGAUGAGGAUGAAAAUGACAGCGAAGGUCAGGCUGAAACCAGUGUAAUCACAGAAGAAGAGGAAGGCCAGUGUGGUUUAGAAGAAGAAAAUGGCGAAGAUGAAUCUGCUGAUGUGUAUGGUGAAAGCAACAGAACAGCACGAGGUAAAUUUAACUGGAGAGGAACUAUCAAAGCCCUGCUGAAGGAAGCUCCUGACAACGAACUGCCAAUCAAGAGACUGAGAAAGAAGGUUCUUGCUCAGUACCAUACCGUAUCUUCUGAAUACCACAAAUCUGAAAAAGACCUCCUGGUAGCAUUCAACAAGAAAAUUCAUAAUAAUCCUAAAUUUCGAGUUUUAAAAGAGAGAGUUAAACUCCUAAAAUAAGCUAAAAACGUUUAAAAACUGUUUUAAAAUUCAAGUUCCCACAUGUUUUAGAGUUGUGAAGCCUGCGAGUAUUAGCUCUGUUUAUUCCUUGGGAAGUGAAAUGUGUCAGGGAUGACUUUAUUCCUCACUUGCACUGUACAUAGUUUUUAUUAUUUGCUAUUACAAACUUUAAAAACACUUUUUGCUAUGCCUCUCCCAUCGAUAUAAGACUGUCUGAAAGGCUGACAAAAGUGCCAUUUAUAUUUGCAGCAGAAUGGGGUAUUAAUGAAUUUUAGUUUUAUUUAAUCUUUUGUCCAUCCUAUAAACCACUCUACACAUACUGCUUUCAUUUCUUAUCUGAUUUCAUAGCCUGAAUAAAUGUUUAAAUCACCAGGGGCAACGAAAUGUUAUGCACCUCCCCAGUGAUUGUAAUCAUUUACCUGAUACCCUGGUCCGGUGCGCCUUUUAGCAGAAAUCUGCCCCAGCCUGGGGUACUUAUCAGUGAGCUCCAUGGAACACUCCUCCUCUUCUUUCUUCAGUGCCCCAAGCAGAUCCAUGCGCAGUAGAGUGAAAAAAACUGCUUUUUUAUUAAAUUUCAGCCUCUCACUCUCCUACCCCUAUGGUGCUUGCUGAGAACCCCGGCCCUGUGCAGUUUUCUGCUAAUAGGAGCAUCGACCUGGGGGAUUAGGUACGCGAUUACAAUCAUUGGACA